AUGCAAGAUGGCGACGGAGAUGUCCUCGUCUCAACAGAAAGGUUCACUCAGUUCACAGAUUCUGUGAUCAAACCCGAAAACGAUGAUUUCGUCCUCAGCUUGCCGGCAACGCUGAAAGGUGCAGGCAUCAUACGAGCUGCUGAAGUCUUUGACAAGCUUGAUCCGAAGGAAGACAAGCCGCAGCAGUCAAAGUUCAAAGCUCUGCCCUACGCAACGUCACAAACUGGUCUAGUUUAUGAUGUGCGCAUGCGCUUUCACUGCGAAGUCAAUCCUGCGGAAGAUGAUGUUCAUCCUGAGGAUCCGCGCAGGAUACACGCGAUCUUCGAGGCCUUCGUACAGGCUGGCCUGGCAUGGGCGAAGCGAUUUGGGACUUUCUCGAAUUUCUACAUGGGCCGCAUAGACGCCCGACUAGUGACGAAGGAGGAAGUAUGUUUAGUACACGCCGAGAGACACUGGGACUGGAUUCAGACGCUGAGCACCCGUAGUCCUGAAGAGUUGGAGGAUCUUGUCCAACAUCCUGGUCAGAGACAGUUGGACUCCAUCUACAUAUCACCGAAUACGCCGUUCUGCGCCGCACUAUCAGCUGGUGGCGCAAUUGAGGCAUGUCGAGCAGUCAUGUUAAGCAAGGUUAAAAAUGCUUUCGCCGUCAUAAGGCCACCAGGCCACCAUGCUGAGCGCGAAGACGUGAAAGGCUUUUGUUUUUACGACAAUGUCAGCAUUGCCACCCGGGUCUGUCAGAGAGAGUUUGGCGAGCGCUGCCGCAAAGUGUUCAUUCUUGACUGGGACGUUCACCACGGGAAUGGCAUCCAGCAAGCGACGUAUGACGACCAGAAUGUCCUAUAUAUCUCCUUGCACGUGCACAAGAGCGGCAACUUCUAUCCUGAGCGAUCGUACCGUGAUGAACGCGGCCCUUAUGGCGAUCACCUGCACUGCGGCGGAGAUACUGCGCUGGGGCGGAACGUCAAUAUACCGUGGCGAAACUACGGUAUGGGAGAUGCCGAUUACAUCUACGCUUUCCAACAGGUGGUCAUGCCAAUUGCUACCGAGUUUGAGCCGGACUUGGUGAUCAUUGCGGCAGGCUUCGAUGCAGCGGAAGGCGAUAUGCUCGGUGGCUGUUUUGUCACUCCCGCCGGCUACGCUCACAUGACACAUAUGCUCAUGUCUCUGGCUCAGGGCAAGGUGGCUGUCUGCCUCGAGGGUGGUUACAACCUUCAGUCAAUUGCUCGCUCAGCCUGCGCCGUUGGCCGUACACUGAUGGGCGAGCCGCCGGACCGUCUGACGAAUCUCAACCCAACUCGGAGUGGGGUGGAAGAUGUCAAGAUGGUCGCACGGCAACAGAGUAAGUUCUGGUCUUGCCUUUACCCGAAAGACCUCUCUGCGCAGCUUGCGGGUCCGUUGCACGGGGAGAGAAUGCACGAUUUGGUGCGAAGGACCCAAGCUGCAGAGCUAUGGGAGCAACACCAGAUGACGCCGCUCUUCAUUCACCGGGAUAAGUUGUCGAAGUCGUUCGAGAAUCAGGUCCUUGCCACUCCUAACUACAUGGAGGCUCGCCCGCUUUUUGUGAUCUUGCACGAGCCGCCUGGCAUAGUACCAGAGCCUGAUCCGCGGACAGGCAAGAUCGAGCUUCACAAUCUCUGGCUGACUGAUAUUGUGAAGUCAUACGUCGACUGGGCUGCUAAGGAAGACUUUGCAGUCAUCGAUGUCAACCUCCCACGGUAUGUCACUGAUGUAUCGGAUGCACAAGACUACCAAGAUAGCGACAAGGCCGAAGCACGGACGAAAGAGGCUACGGAAGUGCUUGCCUACCUGUGGGACAACUACAUCGAGCCGAAUGAAGCUACGCAUGUCAUCCUCAUGGGCACCAAUACCGGCCACGGCGCGAUCGUCAACUUCAUCAAAGCGAACGAGGAGCGUGCGACCGAGCGGCUAACCAAAGCCAUCUCUCUCAUCGAAGACGUAUCAUUGCAAAGCUGCAAGUCACCUACAAAUGAGGAUUUGCCGCGAUGGUACUACAAUGUUUCCAUGGUCUUCAUUUCAUACAGACAUAGCUUCUGGGAAAUGGAGAUCGCUCGAAAGCCCAAGAGGCGUUUCGGCAGGCUCUUCCAGAGUCACAAUGACACCAUAAGCGACAUGCUCGCUAAUCACGAAGACCAGAUCACUAGUGAGCUGCUAAGUGUGACGGCAGACUGGGGGUCACGCAGACCCGUUGAGGUAGACGAAGAGAUGGAGGAUCAGGCUCUUUUUCAGACGCCGCUAGGAGGCACGCUGCCGUUCUCUUCACCAGCGAAGAGUCUGCAUACCGCCAGCUCGCCGCGCCUACCGCCAGUGGGCAACUUUGCACCUGGUGCACGGCAGGGGACGAGUCCACGGAAAGGGAGCCCUACGAAGAGCCUAGUGCAGCCGGCCAGUCAUCUCACUACACCGCCGAGGAAGGGAGACGCACAAGGGAUUUCAAGAUGA